UCUAUGUUUUGGCCACUGUGAAUACUGCUGCUAUGGAUAUAGGCAUGCAUAUAAGAAACAUAUUUCUUCUUCCAUAUAUUUCUUUCAAAGGUGGUGACUGAUAUUCUACUGUGUUCAUGAUUAAUUCUAAAUUGGCUCCUUCUUUAUGAUACUUUGGCCUAUUGUCUGUAAAAUGACUGUACAUAGAAACAGGUAAAUAGCCAAGACAUCAGUGAGAAAAGAGAAAGUAAAAGAAAAUAAGUUUGCCAGAACUAAGAAAUAUCACUGAAGUUACUGGAAUGUAUGAUCCUCAAGCGUGAAUGAUUUGACUUGCUUGAAUCUAACAAAAAGACAGUGCUGACUCCUUGUUGGCUUGUUUCAUUUAUUUGAAACCUCUUUUCCUUUCCAGUGGUGUCUAAGCCACAUGGGACCAGAGAAUGUAACACUUGUCUAAUUCCUCCUCAUGGACCUCUCGGAUGAUCCAGACCUGCAGCCCCUCCUCUUUAGCCUCUUCCUGUCCAUGUGCCUGGUCACUGUGCUUGGGAACCUGCUCAUCAUCCUGGCCUUCAUCUCUGAUUCCCACCUCCACACUCCCAUGUACUUCUUCCUUUCCAGCCUAUCCAUGACUGACAUUGACUGCACCUCUACCACUGUCCCCAAGAUGAUUGUGGACAUUCAAACUCACAGCAGACUCAUCUCUUACAUGAGCUGCCUGACUCAGAUGUCUAUUUUUACCAUUUUUGGAUGUUUGGAUAAUCUACUCCUGACUGCCAUGGCCUAUGACUGGUUUGUGGCCAUCUGUCACCCUCUGCACUACACAGUCAUCAUGAACCCACGCCUCUGCAGCCUGCUAAUUUUGGUGUCAUUUUUCAUCAGCCUUUUGGCCUACCGUCUUCAUAGUUUGAUGGUGUUAGAACUUGCCUUCUUCCUGGAUAUGGAAAUUUCUCAUUUCUUCUGUGACCCCUCUCAGCUCCUUAGCCUUGCCUGUUUUGAAAUCCCCAGCAGUAACACAUUAAUCUAUUUUAUUGGUGCCAUUUUUGGUGGUUUUCCAUUCACAGGGAUCCUCUUCUUUUAUACUCACAUUGUUUCUUCUAUUCUGAGAGUCCCGUCAACAGGUGGAAAGUAUAAAGCCUUCUCCACCUGUAGCUGUCACCUGGCAAUCAUGUGUUUAUUUUAUGGAACAGGCCUUGGGGUGCAUCUCAGUUCUACUGUCUCAUCUCCCAGGGACAGUGCAGUGGCCUCAGUGAUAUACACUGUGGUCACCCCCAUACUGAACUCCUUUGUUUACAGCCUGAGGAACAGGGACAUCAAGAGGGCCAUGUGGGGACUCCUCAGCAAAACAACCUAACCUCAACAUCUGUGCAUCUUGUUUGCAUAGAUUAGAAGAGCCAGUAAAAACAGUUGGAAUUCAAAGUUGUGCCUAUUUGGUUCUUUGAAUUUGUAGCUCUUGUGCCUUUCAAAACUUAACAAUGUUUCUGAUCAGUUUGUUGCUUCAUUUGGUAUAUUUUAAUGGGGUUGAGGGAUUAUUGUGGGAUUCUAUCAUUAUAAUCACUGCAUGAUUGAAUCCCAACCCAGGGAUCGAACUCGGGUCUUCCACAUUGUAGGAAGACACUUUACC